AUGACAGAUGAGCAACUACAUUCUCCUGCCAAGCUGUAUUCGAACGGUGAAAAGGCCACCGUUGAUCUAAACGUUCACCAGCUGUAUAAUGGCACAACUACUUCCUCAGACGGCGAGGAAUCCGACCCUGAAGCACAGGCCAGCACGCUCUCUCACCAUAUCGUCAAAAACGGCCAGCAAAUUCUUAUCAUUUGGACUCCGGAAGAAGAGCAUUUUAUAGUUCGAAAACUAGACUUCCUUUUCCUACCCAUAUUCUCGUUGAUAUUUACGUGGAUGGCAAUUGAUCGAACUAAUGUAUCGAGCGUGCUGACCUCCACCUUUCUUUCCGACACAUCCAUGACCCGGGAUCAGGCCAACACAGGCGUUUCUCUACUCUGGCUCGGCAUUGUCUUGCUCGAAAUUCCCUCAAACAUUAUCCUUCACCGCGUGGGUCCCCACUACUGGAUCCCCGCCCAGGUCAUUGUCUGGGGUUUAGUGGAAGUACUGCAGAUGUUUGUGACUACUGCCAAAGGGUGGUAUGCCGCACGGCUCUUCCUUGGGCUUGCAGAGAGUGGCUUCAUUCCUGGGAGCCUGUACAUAUUGUCUACAUGGUAUGCGCCCAAAGAGCUCACGCAGCGCACCGCAAUAUUCUUCCUUGGGCCGGCGUUUUCUGCUGCUUUUGGGUCCCUGAUCUCGGCGGGAGCAUUGACGUUACACCAGCAUGGGGGUUUGAAUGGGUGGCAAUGGUCAGUCUUUAUUUUGCUGCUUUAUAUGCGUAUGAUUGCCGUUAACGCCACAUCGAAUUCAGCCGCAGGUGUCUUGGCUUUCACCCUUGUGCCCAAGUCUCCCUACUGUACGGGGCAUCUAUUUGGUGGUCUGAUCCGUGUACGGGGCUGGCUCAGCGAGCAUGAAGCUGAUAUUCUCGUCGCACGUCAGGCCCGAAAUGAAGACCACCAGAUAGGCGGGUCGAAUCUCAAAAUCGCGUGGAAAGACAUAACUGAUGUCCUUUUCCACUGGGUUACCUGGCCGUACCUGGUUGUGUGCCUGGCCGGCCUGCAAUCCACUAAUGGACUGAGCACCUGGGGUGCAUCCAUCAUCAAGUCGCUUAACUUUAGUGCAAUACGCGCUAACUUGCUUAAUGCUCCAGGAAGUCUGCUAGGCGCAAUAUUUGGAAUUGUGUUGUCGGCAUUCGUCGACAGGUCCAGUCGGUUUGGGUACGCAAUCUUAUUUUCGGCUGUGUGGACUCUCGCGGGUCUAAUUGCACUUUAUUGUCUUCCAAUCACCUCUAAAGCAUCGUGGUCUUUCUAUGCAGCUUACGUGGUCACCCAAUCAGCUCCAAAUUGGCAGCCAAUCAAUGUAACCUGGUUGUCCUUGAACUUUAAGACGCCCCAGAAACGUGCAAUUGCAUAUGCGAUAUACAUCGGAUGCUCUAAUCUAGGCGGCACAUACGGCAACCAAGUAUUUAGAGCGAGCGACGCUCCUCUCUAUCAUACCGCAUGGAUUGCCUGUAUAUCACUGGGAGCAGUUUGGCUCGCUGGAAUUAUCACACAGACACUCGGUUUCCAGUGGGCCAAUCGGGUUUUUGCAAAGAAGUUGGCAGAUGACCCUGAGUUGGAAUCGGAGGUUACAUAUAUUGACAACAAUGGGGGAAAGUAUCGCUACUAUUGGUGA